AUGAGGAUGCUAGACAAUACUGCCACUGGCAUAGCCUCUUCAGAAUCCAGCAUAACCUAUAAAGAAAGAUACAUUUAUCUGGAGGUGUUGCUUCAAGGAGGAGCUCCAUGGGGAUUCACUCUGAAAGGCGGACUGGAGCAUGGGGAACCAUUAAUCAUCUCCAAGGUUGAAGAAGGGGGGAAAGCGGACUCCCUGACCUCCAAGCUGCAGGCUGGUGAUGAGGUGGUGAACAUCAAUGAGGUGGAGCUGAGCAGUUCCAGGCGGGAGGCCCUCUCACUGGUGAAGGGGUCCUACAAGACACUGAAGCUGGUCAUCCGCAGGGACACAUGUGUAGCAAAGGAACACACUGACCUGCCCGCUUCCCACUCACUCAGUCCGGAGUGUAUCCCCACUGACCUACAGCACAGCAAAACAGCAUGGUCAGGAGGAGUUAAACCACGGCUGAAGAACAGGCGGGCUGAACUUGUGGGCCGACCGCACUCCUGGCAUUCAACCAAAUUCAUAGAGAACCAACCCGAUCCCAGCAUGAUGCAAAUAUCUCAGGGCACGAUUGGCACUCCUUGGCAUCAGUCCUACCAUUCCAGUUCCUCCACGAGUGAUCUCUCUGGCUAUGACCAUGGCUAUCUGAGGAGAAGCCCUGACCAGUACAGCUCGUGGGGUAGCAUGGAAACCUUGGACCAUACCCCUUCUGGAUAUCCCCCUGGCCACCUUUCGCCAGCCAAGUCCACCAACAGCAUCGACCAGCUUGCCCAACUCCACAGCAAGAGGGACUCCGCCUACAGCUCCUUCUCCACCAACUCCAGCAUCCCCGAGUGCCCGGCGCCUUCCUUCUGCAAGGAGCGCUCCUUCUCCAUGGACAACGUGCACUCCCGAGGCAGCCCGCAGGAGGGGAUGAGGCAGGCUGACAUCAGGUACGUCAAGACGGUCUACGACGCCCAGCGAGGGGUCUCUGAGGAGUACGAAGUGAACUCCUCCACGCUGCGUCCAAGCGGCGAGGGGCGGACGCAGACAGAAGGCCGUGGCUACAGCAGGCUGCCUGGUCACAGCCGGUACAGUGGAGUCCCCUUCUGGGGCCAGCAAAGGAGGAGCUCCUCCGACAGUGAGGGUCAGCACCCAAAAGGGCCCCCCAUGCCACCAACUCGCAGUGACAGCUAUGCGGCAAUAAGGCACCACGAGAGGCCCAGCUCCUGGUCCAGCCUCGAUCAAAACAGGCCGUGUCGAGCUCAGCCGAAAGGGGCCUGGCCUCCGUCGUCUGGCACUGUCUCCCUGGGGCAGGGACAGCUGCUGAAACCCAUGUUUGUGGAAGGGCAGCUGCACACCGUGGUGGAGAAAAGCCCUGAGAGCAGCCCCAGAGUGAAACCGAAGCAGAGCUAUUCCCAGGCAGCACAGCCAGGACAGCCUUUGCUUCCUACCGGCGUCUACCCUGUACCUUCCCCCGAGCCACACUUUGCCCAGGUGCCCCAGCCUUCGGCAAGCAAUAAUGGGAUGCUCUAUCCAGCUCUGGCCAAAGAGAGUGGAUACGCUCCACCUCUUCCAGCCUCGUAUGAGAAGGCCCCGGUCUGCAGCCAUUCUGGCGUCGAUGAGAAUGGAAACCAAAGCUUUACAAACAGAUCGGCCGUCUUUUAUCGGCCAGACUACGGGCCACCGGCUGCGGAGAAAAAGCAGGAAGCAAAAUUCGCUCAGUACAAACCUCACAGUACAUCGGGCCCUGACGUCCAUUCUCCCCCUUCCCAAAAGGACAAGUCAGGCUCCCUUUAUGUGACGUCGCAUGGCAUCCGGGAGAGCACAAGCAACCCCCCACACUCCAACCACAAUUCACAGCCACUGCAGGCCCACGCGAGGGAUGCCAGUGAAAGCAAAGCUCUCUAUCAGCCCAAGGAGUAUUGGGCGGCUGAGUUGCAGGAGGACAAAAAUGCUAAUCUACAGAAAAGUGAGAGAGACCCCGCCAGCCAGAAUCAGUGGUCUUACAGUAAGGCCAAGCAGCUUGGCUUUUCACCCUUGCCGAACAGCCUGGAGAGCACCAGGAGGCAGCAUAGUUUGGAGCUAAAGGAAAGGCAACAAUGCGAGGGCUGUUCUGACGCCAAACGGUCUUUCACCAAUGGCAAUAAUAAAGCAGAGAAGGAUCAGAGAGGGCCAGGGUGUGGCCAGUGGCACGAUUUGGACAGACAAGCCUUCACACGGCAUGAGGACGACGUCGCCAGCAUGGCCCCGUUCCACAAUGCAGAGCCAAAGUACGAGGCGCCCUCUUCUCUGCUGCAGCCAAAGGCCUCCGAUUUCAGCAGGAGCCGGCUAAGCUCCAGCAGCACCCAAAGCCUCCAGCCCGGGAAACUGGAAUCCAGCAAGCCCCACUGUUCUGUGCUGGAGAAGGUCAGCAAGAUCGAGCAACGUGAGCAAGGCAGUCAAAGGCCCCAGAGCAUGGGGGUGCCCAGCUUUGGACAUAAUUAUGGGCCAAAUAGGCCAAGCCAAUCAUCCGGCGCUAGGUGCUCUCUUAACAGCACAGAGGACGUACGAAACAAGUCAAACUCCCAAGAGCAUGGCCAGCCAGCCAGCGAACAGUGCAGGCGACCCAGCACGACUGGCUCUGAGACGCCGGCGGGUGUGCAGCCGGUGAGCAGGAACGGGAGCGCGAAGCCUGAGGAGGUUGAUUGGCAUCCGGUGGAGCAGCAGAUGGCGGGGGCAGCAAAUCAGGCGCAGCAGAGCGAGUACUACGGUCUGACAAGGAGCAAAAGCACGUUCCAGCUGAUGUGCGAGCCAGAGAAGGAAAUCCUGUGGCAGGAUAACGUCCAAGACGCUCCUGGAACACAGCUGGACACCUCCUUCAGCAGAAACUACAGAAACAGCAUUAAAGACGCUCAGUCCAAGGUCCUACGAGCCACAUCGUUCAGGCGCAAAGACCUCGACAUCAGCCCAUCCUUUGGGAGCAAACCCAAGAGGAGUGCACAGAGGCCGGCCUCGGCCCACGUUGGGAUGAGGAGCACCACAGCAUCCCCUCACAUCCCCAAGGAGAGGCACAGCGUCACUCCUACGCAGAACAAUGUCCCUCUCCUGGAUUACCCUGAGAAGGAGAGCCACGCUGGGCUGCCACAGCACAUGUCCCGCAUCGGGGGCAGGAAGCGGCUGACGGCCGAGCAGAAGAAGAGGUCCUACUCCGAGCCAGAGAAAAUAAACGAAGUGGGUGUCUCAGACCGUGAGCCCUCGCCCUUCUCCCCCCAGAAGAAAGGCCUCCAUUUCAUCUUCCCAGAGAACACGGUGGCUGACCGGCGCAAGAUCUUUGAGCGAGAGAACAAAGCUCGCUCCACCAUCAAUCUCUCCAAGCCAGAGCUGAAGCAGCUGCAGCAGAACGCACUCGCAGACUACAUCGAACGCAAAACUGGGAAGCGGCCUUCUCACGAUGCUGGGGUCCCGAGAGAGCGCUCGCAAAGCUCCUACCUGCAAGCCAGCGGCCUGGACAGCCAGAGCCUCUCCUCUGCCUCCAGCAUGAAUUCGCUUCAGGAUCAGAAGCUUUACCACCGGAGAGUGUCACUAGAGCAGGUGUCUAGAACAGGCCGGGUCUCCUCUACCCUUCCCCCUGGGCUGACGGGCUGCUUUGAUCUCAAUGGGCUUGAACAAAAGAAAGGGCACCAGGAUGGCGGCAGCAGUUCCUCUGCAAGCCAGUUUAAAAUGGACAGACGCCGCGAUUACAGAGCCAAACCGGAGCUCCCGAAAAGCACUCAGGCAGGUCAGCGUGGCUCACGCGACCAGCUCCUCUACAGGAUGGAGGAGCAGGUCUUUGAAAAGGCCUCAUUGCCCGGGAGAUCUGGGAAAUCGGUGUCUGCAGAAGACUUGCUCGAUAGAUCUGAUAACCAGUCAGUCACGGUGCAUGUGCGCUCCAGGUCGUCUCCCACAGCUGACAAGAAACACCGGGACUUGCUGAGAGGGGAAAGUAAUGAAUUUGGCCACUUGGUGAAAAAUCCUUCUUACAUGGCUGGCGCAGGAGACAGGUCCGACAGCAGUAAGAAAAGAAGCCACUCUGAAAAGCCAACAAUCCCAAAUUAUCGUCCCCAUCCUCCUGGCAAUGACCUCACAAGCUCAUCCACUCUGAUUGAGAGCCACCAGGCCUCAGAACCCCCUAGGCAUAUCAGCAGGACUCAAAGGUGUGUCCCAUCGCCAACAGACUUCAAGAAUCAUUCUUCUGAACCUAAGCAGGGCGCCAGACCCUUGCUCCUUAACCGUAUUCCUUCUGGACCUGGCCAGUCCUCAUCUAGCGCUGCUCAUUCCACCCAGACUCCCUCAGGCCUGCAGGCUGCUGGGGACAGCCUGGCAAUGAGGCAACGUGCCAAACUAGACGCCGUCCCCCCCGAAGGCAAUGAUAAUGGUCAGGCACGGCCUCUGUACCGCGAUGCCAGCUCCCCUGAGGACUCAGCCGAAGAAGCGAUACAGAGAAGGGCCAUGCUGCCUCAGAGACACUUCCCACCAAAAGUGAAAUGGGCUCAUUCGGUCAAUGAUGACAGCUUCCUAAAGGGCUCGGUGUCUUCUCAGGUGUCUGGGCAGAAGCUCUUUCAAAGAUGGCAGAGCCUACCGACACAAAGCAGCACUUCUUCCGAUUCAGAGACGCCUCCUCCCUCUGGGAAGAUCUCUCUGCGGAUCUCCGAGUCAGGCCUUCAGCUGACUCCCCCACCGGGCGUGCCGGAAGAAGGAGACGAUGAGGUGUUUAUCAAGGACUUGCAGCCUGGUGUUGCAGGGACUGCAUUUAAACCCUCACCCCCUCUGCCACCACCUCCUCCUCUUCCUGAGUGGAGCCCCAGCGCUUUCACAGGCGACGCAGAGAUAUUUCCACCUCCUCCCCCGGCUGCAUUUGAAGCAGGUGGGGCAACAGGAGACAAAUCCACGAGGCUUAUAGAAGAGGCCAAAGCAAGCAGCAGGUUUCCCAGGAAUCUGGCUGACAGGGAGAAGCCGGGGUUGAGUUCCAUCAGCAGGGAAAACAGCUGGGCCGCUUCACCGUCUGUUGGGAACACUGAGUCACCGCACCAGUCGCCUGCCGCUCAAGGGGAGCGGCCAAACUCUGAAAAGCAGAAUGCAGCACAACUCGGGGGCAACCUGAAAGAGCCAGACACCCAGGGGAAGGAUUCGGAAAAUGGUGGCCUCAGCCCCGGGACUCAGGGCACAGCUAUUCAAGUGAUAAAGAAGAAGACCCCGGAGGAUAUUAAGUCAGAGGCCCUGGCCAAGGAAAUCGUCCACAGGGAUAAGUCUCUAGCAGAUAUCCUGGAUCCAGACUCCAAAAUGAAGACAACCAUGGACUUAAUGGAAGGGAUCUUUCCCAAUGGAACCAGCUUGCUGAAAGAGAAAAGGAAGAUGAUGCAAAAGAAAGCCAGCAGGCCGGUGCCUGAGGAUGACAGAAGCGAAGAAAAGGAAGCUGCUGUAACUUCGGUCACCUGCAGUGCUUACUAUAACAUGUCAGCCCCCAAAGCAGAGCUGCUGAAUAAAAUCAAAGACUUGCCAAAAGAUGUGGACAAGGAAGAGGAGCAGCUGGACAUCAAUGAGAAGAAGGCUGAGCUCAUCGCGAGUUUGUCCCACAAACUGGAGAUCUUGAAGGAAGCUAAGGAGAGCCUGCUAGCAGACAUCAAGCUGAAUAAUGCCCUGGGAGAGGAGGUGGAGGUGUUGAUCAGCGAGUUAUGCAAGCCCAACGAGUUUGACAAAUACAAGAUGUUCAUAGGCGACCUGGAUAAAGUGGUGAACCUCUUGCUCUCCCUCUCAGGGCGUCUGGCCCGGGUAGAAAACGUUCUGAGUAGCCUAGGUGAAGAUGUGAAUCCUGAAGAGCGGAGCUCUCUGACUGAGAAAAGGAAGCUGCUGGCUGGCCAGCACGAGGAUGCCCGGGAGCUGAAGGAGAACCUGGACCGGCGAGAACGUGUGGUCUUGGACAUUUUGGGCAAUUACCUCUCGGAGGAGCAGCUCCAGGAGUACCAGCACUUUGUGAAGAUGAAGUCCGCACUUCUCAUAGAGCAGCGGGAGCUGGACGACAAGAUUAAACUGGGUCAGGAACAGCUCAAGUGCCUGACGGAAAGCCUCCCUACAGACUUCAUCCCCAUGGACACAACAGCAGCAGCGGCCCCAGCCACAGCAGUCACAGCCCCACCCCGGGGUCAGCGGUAGUUUACCUGCAGCAUCUGCCUCUUUGCUUUAACCUUUCCCAGACAAGCCUCGGGUACAGCUCUUCUGCUUGAGUUUAUUUAAUCGGAGUACUUUUUGGAGAGCUCUCAACAAUUACAAUGGAGCGAUGGGUUUAAAAGGAGAAUUCAAGGAAGGAAAAAAACAGUUUGCAUUCCUCUCCCUAUGCCAUCGCCCGGAGAGCUCAGUAUGAAAACUUAAUCUAACCUGGCUCACGCUAGAGGGAGGUGAACGAUUUCUCUGGCUACAAGGUAUGAGGAGGAGGCACUUAUUUUUGAAUGGGCCAGCUUAUCAUGAACAAACAUGUCAUCUUUGGUAACAUGGUGUGGUUGCCUCUGCUCCCCCCUGCCCCCACACCUCAAUCAAAGUGAGGCACUGUCGUUAAAUAAUGAAGGAUCUGAAAGAAUGAAGCCUUAAAAAUAAAACCAACCCAUGAUACUCCUGAACAUUAUUGAUAUUUAUAUUUUUAAAAAACAAGACAAAGUGUAAGUUGUUGUACAUAUGCUAGUCAGUUACUUGAGCCUUGGUUCUGUAAGUAGAAAAUGCAUUUAAUUUUGUAUUUUGUGAAAACUUAACAAAAAGAGGAAUCUCCAAAGAUAGUCGCACCCUAGAAUGGAGC